UCGGAGGCGGCGAUUCUAGGGUCCUAGGAUUCUGCGAACAGGACACGUGGUAGCAGAUAACUAGGAGUUUGAAGGGUCUCAGGGCCAAAAAAGUUGGCAGGUUUUCAGGACUAAGAGAACUCUCCCAGGAUGAAGCUAAAUCUUACCAAGGUAGUUAAUGGCUGUCGCCUAGGAAAAAUACAAAACCUAGGCAAGACGGGGGAGCACACCAUGGACAUUCCAGGUUGUCUUCUGUAUACCAAGACUGGCUCUGCCCCACACCUGACCCAUCAGACACUUCAAAAUAUCCAUAGGGUUCCUGCCAUGGCUCAGCUUACUCUGUCGUCACUGGCAGAAUAUCAUGAAGUCUUAGCAGAAUAUAAAGAAGGAGUUGGAAAGUUUAUAGGCAUGCCAGAAUCGCUGUUGUAUUGCUCUCUGCAUGAUCCAGUUAGACCUUGCCCAGCUGGCUAUGUAACGAACAAAUCUGUGUCAGUGUGGGGUGUUGGAGGACGAGUGGAGAUGACUGCUUCCAAGUUCAUGGCAAUCCAGCAGGCCCUUCAGCCAGACUGGUUCCAGUGCCUUUCAGAUGGAGAGGCAUCUUGUUCAGAAGCGACGUCCACAAAGAGAGCCAGGAAAUCUGUUGACCGAUCACUUCUAUUCCUGGAUAAUUGUCUGAAGCUGCAGGAAGAGUCACAGAUCCUUCAGAAAAGUGCCAUCAUCGGAGUGAUCGAAGGUGGAGACAUGCUAGAGGAGAGGCUAAGGUCUGCACGAGAGACAGCCAAGCGACCUGUAGGUGGCUUCCUUCUGGAUGGUUUUCAAGGAAAUGCAGCAACCCUGGAGACCAGACUGCACUUGCUGUCAUCCGUCACUGCAGAGCUGCCGGAGGAUAAACCAAGGCUCAUCUGUGGUAUUAGUCGUCCAGAUGAAGUGCUCCAGUGUAUCGAAAGAGGAGUAGACUUAUUUGAGAGUUUUUUCCCUUAUCAAGUGACAGAACGGGGAUGUGCCCUGACUUUCAGCUUUGAUUACCAGCCAAAUCCUGAAGAGAGAUUAUUACAGCAAAAUGGGACACAGGAAGAAAUAAAAUACUUGGAGCAAACAACGAAAAUUAAAGCAUGUUCCAGCCAAGAAACAACACCAUUUGAAAUGAAUCUGAGAGAAAAAAAAUUCCAAGAAGACUUUGCCCCGCUGGUGAGAGGGUGUUCAUGUUACUGCUGUAAGAAUCACACUCGUGCCUACAUCCACCAUCUGCUGGUGACCAAUGAGCUACUGGCUGGGGUCCUGCUUAUGACGCACAACUUUGAACACUACUUUGGAUUUUUCCACUCCAUCCGGGAAGCAUUAAAAAGUGACAGAUUGAAAGACUUGAAAGAGCUCAUCUGCAAGCAAGCAUCUUGAGACCUGACAAAUGCAACUUUGACUCUUCAUGUUGAGCCAGCACCACUGUAGCAAAUUGUGAAGAAGAGAAUAAAAUAUGACUUCAGCUUUAAUCGCUUACUAUGUGAGAAUAAAGUUUGUCUGUACUAAACUGCCUA